GGCCGCGCGCGUCGCACCGGCGAACACCUGGCCGGCCUUGACAGUGCGGUAGGCGGAGAAGCGUGCGAACAGUUCUGCCUCAACAUCGACAAAAGUGAUCUCGCCGUCUCCAACCCAGUGCAGUGGUGCCGCAGAGUGAGAAAGUCCUGUUUAAACGCCAGACAUGUGACCCAAUGCACCGGUCAUUGUUUAGCCGCGCAGAGAGUGCAGGGGAAUCUGAGGAGUCAGAGGACGCCGAUUCGCAAGCCGGGGCAAAGAUAACGUCAAGAUGAUCCUAACUCUGUUCGUGAUGUACUUGUAUGCCCAACCAGUGCUCUUAGCCUGCCCACCGAUCCAGCUGAAGACAGUGUUGGCGGCGUGCACACUGGAAGGGAAGCCCAUCGACUGCGCGCUACAUCCGGUGCCUGUCGGGACGCUCGCCACGUUCCGUUGCAAGCCCGGCCUCAAGAUCAAGUUCGGCUACCUGCCGGCUUCGAGCUUCGUGUCGCGCUGCGGCUUGGACGGGGUGUGGAGCGACGGUCCCUUCCGCUGCGAGCGGGAGAGGACCACGGCGCCACCAACCACGCAAGCUGCAUUGUGGGAGGAUGAAGCAGCCUGCCCGCCGAUCCAGCUAAAGACAGUGCUGGCGGCGUGCACACUGGAAGGGAAGCCCAUCGACUGCGCGCUACAUCCGGUGCCUGUUGGGACGUUAGCCACGUUCCGUUGCAAGCCCGGCCUCAAGAUCAAGUUCGGCUACCUGCCGGCUUCGAGCUUCGUGUCGCGCUGUGGCUUGGACGGGGUGUGGAGCGACGGUCCCUUCCGCUGCGAGCGGGAGAGGACCACGGCGCCACCAACCACGCAAGCUGCAUUGUGGGAGGAUGUCGUCACCACGGUGCUUGCAACGACACAAGCUCAAGCAGAAGGGCAAGUCACCACGGUGCUUGCAACGACGCAAGCUCAAGCAGAAGGGCAAGUCACCACGGUGCCUUCAACUACGCAGGCUGUAUUGGUGCAAGACAAAGUGGUCUGUCCACCGCUGAAGUCCAAGACGGUGUUGCCGGAGUGCCGCUUGGAGGGCCAGUCCGUCGAAUGUGAGGACCAGCCAGCGCCGGUUGGCACCGUUGCGAGGUUUCGCUGCAAGCCGUUGCACCAGUUCUUGUUCGGCUAUUUGCCUGAUUCAAGAUUUCAGUCACGCUGCGGCGCAGAUGGCCAGUGGACCGUGCGUCCGUUCCGAUGCGAGCCAAUUUGCGGGCAGCCGACGGGCAAGGGGAUCGGCUUCAUUCGGGACGGCAAUUUGACGUCGUCCGCCGCGGACUUCCCGUGGCACGUCAUCAUCUUCGACCUGACGCAAGACAUGAAGCAGAUAUGCGGCGGCACGCUCAUCUCAGCCAAGUUUGUCGUGUCGGCCGCACAUUGCUUUCACGAUGGUAAGAAGGCACUAUUCCCUACAAUGUACAUGGCCGGUUUCGGCAAAAUAAAACGGAGUGUCAGCGUCCCUGAACCAAACGAGCAAUACAGAGAGUUGGAAAAGAUCUACCUGAAGGACUUUGGUGGAAUCAAAGAGCUGUAUUCGAACGACAUAGCGCUGCUGCAGCUCACUGCCGAGGUGGACAUAACUGCUGCCACCAUGCCUGCCUGUAUGGAUUGGGGACUCCAGCUUCCGAGCCUGCGCCACCGGCAGCGAGGCGCGGUUGUUGGAUUCGGUGACACCUCUGCGAGAUCGCACGACAACUUGCGGUUCGGAAUGCUGCCUUUCAUCAACAGUGCCGAGUGUAAGCGGGACGUCAGCGAAAGUCUCGCCGUUUACAACAAGCUGCCCGAUAAGUUCUGCAUCGGCUUCGUCAACCGCACCACGGUGGCCAAGGGCGACAGCGGCGGCGGCAUCGCCUUCCCCGACGACGACCGAGUGUGGUACCUGCGCGGGGUGGUGUCGCUGGGCAGUUCUCAAGAGACAACAGUCUCUUUCUUCACCAACGUCACUCUGUACGUGCCGUGGAUAUCGAGCAUCAUUCAGCGCGGCGAGAUGAGCGGGCGUCGUUGCGGCGUGGACGUGAACCAGGCCAGCGUCGUCAGUGGUGAGCCAGCCGGCCAGUUCGACUUCCCCUGGGAGGUGGACGUCUACUUCAAGGAGACCUCCAAGCACAACUUCGAGAGCCUCACAACCGGCGCCCUCGUCAAACCCAACCUCAUCAUCACGCGUGCCAAAGUAACUUCAUCCACCGGGCAGCCAAUCGACCUCGCGGAAUACCCCGCCGCGUGGUUGCGUGUAACGUCGCGGCUGAGUGCUCGCGUCAAGGAUCUCCAGAAGGCAAGGAACAUCAGUGAGGUGGUUCGCAGUUUCUUCCCUAGUGACGUCCUCAGUGGAUCCGGAUUAUUCUACAACUUCGUGCUGCUGGAAUUGAAACAGCCGUUGCACCUCAUGCCUGUGUGUCUGGACUGGACUGGCGGGGCGCUGUUGCUGAAAGAACGCUACGGAAUGUCACUUCGAGACAGAGAGCAGGAUGAUGUGACUAUGUGGACCCGUCUGCCUAUAUUAAACGCUACUGCGUGUAAGAAGAAAGUAACACCACAGCCAAAUAGUCAUCACAUAUGCACGUUCCAGAGCGCAUUCCUUCGGGUUUUUUUUGGGGGAGAAGGCUCAGAUCGGCUUCAUAACAGUCUGUACGUCUUCGCGGACAACACGUGGUUCCUGCGAGGGGUUGUUUCUCAGAACGCUGCGUCAGACAAUGGCACAGUCUCCAUCUACACGGACAUGAGCGAUCGUGGCAUAAGAGAGUGGUUGGCAAAGACCAGUGACAUGAUGGGUCGACCCACGUGUGGCAACGUGCACCUGUGCGAACCGCUAAGGUCGGGACUGUCCCUCAGCGGUCACAUGCCCUGGAGCGUCGCGGUGGAAAUUCAAGACGGGACAGGCAACACCGUUCAACGAUCUGGGAUUCUUAUUGAGCCGAACGCUGUCCUCACCGAUGCCUCAGCUCUCGUCAAUCUGACCGCCUGGGACGGCUCCAACAAUGACCUUGCGAACUAUACCGAUUCCUUGUCGGUCCUUUGGACAGACACAAACAACAGGCUUAAGACAAGCAGAGUGGUGCGGAUCAGCCUGUACGAGAGUGCCGAGGCUCAAAGGAAAAGUAGGCGUCGCUUCGACAUAGCUCUUCUCGAGUUGCAUCCGGACCAGCCUGUGUUUUCGACCCCCGUGUGUCUCGACCUCAACGGCAACGUGCUUCAACAGCUUGCCACUGGUCAACUGGGCCUGGUUGAAGCUUGGGCAUCUUGGGGACCGGCAAACCACAGCUUGGUCAGUGUGCCCUACAUGCUACCAACAGAGUGCAACACGCAACUACAACAGUCCAUGAAUCGGUCGAGGGAAUCCAUAGAAUUCUGCACUUUGGCGGGUCCCGGCGUUCUAGAUUCUGCAGCCCAAGGGGGAGGCUACUUGGUGUCCUCCGGAAGCCAGUGGUUUUUGCAGGGGCUUUUCACGGACUAUGCCCGUCUGCGCCACCGCACCAUUUUCCUGGCAGCGGACUUCCGCGAUGCCGCUCUUAGAAGAUGGUUGCGAGGCGAACUCAAUAAGCUGAAGAAAGUGACAUCCAAGCCGCCGGAGGAGAAAACGCCGACGAAUUGUGUCGGAGGUCGACCGUCAGAAACUGACUGCGGCUUUUUCAACUCGAAGGACGAGCUGCAGGACGACAACGAUUUCAUCUUCAAGACGUCUAGGAACCGCAUGGAGUGGAACGUCCAAGUCCACGUGAAUCGUGGAGCUCCCCUGUGGGACGUCCGAGCGGGCGUUCUAGUUCGGACAUCCAUGGUCCUUACCAGUGCGCUGGAUCUGUUUGUGCGUUCAACUAACGAGUCCUCAAGCAAUGCUAUCCCUGCCAGUGAUGUCAUCGUCAAGUACCUGACGGCCGACGGCAGAGGACCCUUCUCCGUAGAGGUGCAACGCAUCCACCUCCGGGAGCGUCUGGAGGCCUCCUGGCACGAGCUGAACCCCCACCUGCACUUCGACUUGGCCCUGCUCGAGCUCAGCGCCGCCGUCACGCUCAUGCCCGCGUGCGUGCCGACGCCUGGCCCCAUCACGGCACACUACAAUGCCAUGUCUGAGGGGCUGAUAGAAGUUUGGGAAGACACCUAUUCAAGUCAACGCACGCUACUGCCGGCUUGGUACCGACAACUAGGUCAAUGCAACAUCACAUUAAAUCGUCUGGACUUGUCCAAUGCCGAGUUUUGCGCUGAGACGAAAACAGGUGAUCUGUUGAGGCCACUGCCGAUUGGAGCCGGCUUCUCCAUCUUGUCGCAGGGCGAGAAAGGCGCGUGGUUCGUCCGCGGAAUCCACGGCACAGACUGGAACACCACCUUCAAAGGUGGCCCAACGCCAAUCUUCUACUUUUUGGACCUGCCCGUCAUCAAAAGCUGGAUCCAUGAGAAAAUGCAAUUGCGUUCUGCCGACGGUACCUCCCUUUCUUUGCCCGUACCAAAGCCGCAACCUUUUGCUGCCCCUGCAGGAACACCGUCCGCAAAGUGUGGCCAGACUUCCUUGCCUUUAUACUCGUUGGCCUUCAACCAAUUUGGCCUUAUAGACAUGAGUGAACCUCCGAUCACGCUGACAGGCCCUCUGCCCUGGAGCGUGGCCAUUUACAUUGGCAAUAACUUCGAGACGUUCACUUCGGGUGUGCUGGUACGCGAAAACGUCGUCCUGACCGAUGCCAACAUGCUGGUCGUCCCAAGAUCGAGCUGGAAUGAAUCCGGCAUCGUCCGCACUGUAGACCCCUCUGAAGUUCGGGUCAUGUGGGUGAGCCACACGGGCAGGCGACAAAGCUCCCAAGUGCUGUCAGUCCAAGCCCGCGAAAGAGACCGCGGGACGUACCAGACAUCGCGCACUUUCGACGUAGCGCUGCUUCGCCUCAAGACUCCACUUCCGAACAGCCCGGCCUGCUGGAGCCGCCACCUACCCAAACUAAAGCGCUACCAACUGGGAGUGAUCGACGCGUGGAACGUGAGCGUCCUUGAUUUCCAAUCAGACGUCUUGGCAAUGCCUUACGUGGACGUUGGCUUGCAAAGGUGCGCUUUCUCAAUGUUACCCUUCCCCUAUUUUAACAUUACUCCAGAGAGAUACUGCACUGGACCCGUGAAAGUUCCAGCUAAAGCAGGCGCGGGAUUCCUCGUGCGGAGGGACGACUCUUGGUUUCUGCACGGCAUCCUGUCCUUCAUUGUGGUCGACAAGUUCAAGCAGUGGGUCAUUACGGACGUGGCCGAGGAAGGCGUCAGUACUUGGCUCCACGACAACCUGGAGGGCGAGACCAAACCCGAGGCAGCACCUCAAGGCGCACCGCCCAGCGAGCCCUCCGCACCUUCUCAGUGUGGCAAGACGACGUUGUCCCUGCACACUUUAAAGGAAAACGACACGCUAGCUAACCAUUUGCCCUGGUCAAUGGUGGUCUAUACAAAAGACACCAAUGGGACCGUAAGAAUGCGCCCUGGGGUGCUGGUUCGCCACGACAUCGUUUUGACAGGAGCCUCACUUUCCGCGAAACCAUUAAACCUGUCUGAAGCCGCACACUCAGCGAGUACCUUCGUUGCGUGGGUUAAUCCAUCUGGAAGGAGACUUCGCUUUCAAGUGCUCGCUGUGCACAUCUACCAUCCCGACUCCAGCUCAGACAUGGUGGAUCUGGCGUUGCUGCAGCUUCAGUCGCCAUUCCCUGACAGUAUGGUGGCGUGCGUGGACACCGUGAAUCCACCUCCUAGCCUCGCGGACGGGCAGCUUGGAGUGAUGGAAACGUGGAACGGUGACCCGUUUUCUUCGACUGAAUUCACUGUCGUGGCCAGGGCCCCUGAAUCCAGCGAAACCUGCCAGCGGCUGUAUUCAAACUCGGCUAACAUGACGUCUGAAAUGUUUUGCUUAAAAGGAACGCGAGCUCAAGAACACACUCUUAAAAAAAGACAUGGUAACAAGAUUUUCCUGCACGUGAAGCCUGGUUCAGGCUUCUUGGUGAGGAAGGGUGACUCAUGGUUCCUCCGUGGUGUCGUGGCUUCUUCCGUGCGGCCCGCGUCUGAAGACACCCUCGUCUUCACGGACCUUGGCGCGCCCGACGUCAGGGCCUGGCUGCAAGAAAAGCUCAGUUCGACGAUGCAGUAGCCUCGACUGCUCCCGUCUCAUCGUCCACCGAGUGAAACACGCUGACUGACGCAUAAAAAGAGGCGAGCAAAGCCGUCCUCUUCAAUUUAGGCACUUAUAGCCGCUUGUAUAUCUUGCAAUAAAUACAAAUUUUCUC